AAUGAUUCGGGAUUAUUUUUUAAUAAAUGUAUUUUGUUUAUGAUAUAAUUAAUAUACAUGAUGGCUAUAUAGUUUUAACUCGGCUUAGAAAAUGCACGUUAGUAUUUGCCAGCUAGCAAGUCAGCUAGUAUGAAAACAGUAUAAUUUCCACAAGAGACUUGUCACAGUUAAAAAAAGUUAAAAUUCUAGAUACGUGUCACAUGAAUCCUUUGUUGUUUUUGUGUUAGAAGUAUUAACUAUUAUAUAUCUACAUAUUUAUGGCCCUAAAAGCCAGUCUAAAGUCACUUAUUGUGGAUGGCUAAUUCAGUCCAGACAGCAUCAGAAGCCACCUUAGCUGUUAAUUAACCGACACCCUGUAAAAUAGUUUAGAAUAACCAAUGGGAGUAAAAUUGGUAUUUAAAUGGACAUGUAGCAGAACUUUAGUUAGCUUUGUUGAACAACACCCUUGGUUGAAUUAAAAUCAAAUACAAUUUCAGUUUUAGAAAGAGGGGAAAAAAAAUGUUUAAAACUUUAUAUUUUAUCAUGACCCGGUUAAUGAAAACAAUUUUAAAGCCUGAGUACACCCUAUGGAAAAACAUCAUACAGUACAUCGUACUUAAUUUUCACAGAAAAAAAGUAAUGAAAGAUUUUGGUGGGCUGUAUUGCUGCAAUGAGCACGUUAGCGCUGGACAUAGACCUGCUGCUGCAGCCUUGGAUGCCAGUCCGCCUGGGUGGCAUACAGCUCUUGGCAAAAUCCUACUUUGGGGACACAAAGUACCAGAUGUUGCUGAGCGACAUGCAGAGUGUGUGGGAGGAGGAGGUGGAUGCAGACACCAUUAAGGAAAGAGCACAGGAGCUUAACAAGCGUCUCCGAGCGCCCGCUGACGCUUUCUUCGCUCACCUGCGCACAGUGGCGCGCCCGUAUCUGGCUGGGGAACCUGGUGCUGCAGUGGCGUGCAGUGGUGAUGUGCCAUCCAUCUCCGUCGUUGACUUGAAGCCCCACCGGCUAACGUUGCGACUCAAGAGUGAGCUGGCAGGAGUGCCUUUCUACUGGGAGUUCCGCUGCUCUUCCUCAUCUGUGGCAGUGGUGUGCAGUCAGCUAGUGUGCCCCCUGCUGGCUGUGAAUUCAAUAUUGCAAAGACAAGUAGCUGAGCUGGCUGCCCUGCUUGUGAGGAAGGAUGCUGAAAUUCAGGACUACAGAGAAAGUGGAGCUGUGUUGAGCAGAGGUCGGCUACAGACAGAGGUGUUUGAUGAACUGCACUACAGAGAGAACUUCAUCACACAGGUGCUGCCCAAGGUGUGCGUGCAGCAGGAGAAUUUUGGGUUCAACGUCACCCUGCAGGAGCUGUACGCUGCUGUCAUGGCUCUGAGACCCGGGUACCAGCAGACUGUCCCUCCGAGCACGGUGACCGAGAGCGGCACGCCUAACAGGCGUGUGCGCGAUGGGCAGCGCCCCGAAGAGCCAGCGUCUAAGAAACACAGAGUUGUAGAUGAUCAGCAGGAUGGUGCUCAGGAUGACGGUGCGAGCGGCACCGUUGUUCCGAAGGAAGACUGCAGCACGGCAGUGACACUGGGGGAAUCACAAAGCACACAGACGGUGCCUUCAAACCCGGUCCCUGCCAACUGCGGUCCUCCCCGACCCAAGAAGAAGAAAGCAGCGGGAUUGUUUCGCUGAGCAGCGCUGGAUCUGCUCCUCUGUUUCUUCUCAGCUUCGCUUCAUGUGCUGCUGUAUGCUCUCAUCCAUCUUUCCCUUUAUGCAUUGACUCCUGGAUUUUAAUGUCAUUUUAAUUAGGAUAUUUAUAUUAACCUUUUUAUAUGACUUUUACUUCAUUUUCCAGUCAUAUUUUAAUGAUUUUAUUGAACAUUUAAUAAAGACCAGCCUAUCAAAAUGA